AUUUGGCUCUUUCCGUUGAUGGGUGAUAAGGCGGUACUGACUGGCACUGUUAGGCGGCACUGACUGGCACUGAUAGGCGGCACUGAAUAGCACUGAUGGGUGACAUUGAAAGGUAGCUCACAUGGGCACUGAUAUGUGGCAUUGAUGUGCACUGAUAUGUGGCAGUGACGUGGCACUGAUGGACACUGACAGGUGGCACUUCUGGGGCCACACUGAUCAUCAGGGCACACUGAUCAUCACUGUCAGCGUCACAGCUCGAGAGAAGAGAAAUGCCGAUAACCGGCAUUUCCGUGAUGUUUAUUGGACACAGCUGAUCACAUGACCG